UACGGGCCCGCAAUGCUGAAUGUGUAAACGUCUUUUUUAUGUGAAUAGAAAUGCAAUCUAAAUUGUGUUUUCAGAACGUAUACAAUAGGCAGGCAGGAGCCGCAUGAGUGAAAGGGUAAUGACGCGCAUAGGAGCUCAUCAUCAAAGUGUUUUUUUAACAAAUGGCUCUAUCCGAGGUGCACGAUGUAGCUACGAUUAUUAGCAACAAUCGUUUCAGUGUUGACAAGAUGAAUUUGGAAGAUGAAGACAAUCAAGAUUUAAACAAUUCAAUGGUCAAUGAUUUAGUUUCUAAAAUUCUUGACGAUGACUCUACCAUCAACGAUCAUACAUAUAACAGUAGCUAUAAUAGCAAUUUUCCGUUUUUAUCAUUACCUCAUUUUUGCAAUGCCGAUAGAUUGGAGGAUAAUUUAAAGAUUCCUCAAAAUGAUGGCAUCGAUUGUAAUGAUCACUAUCAGCUGAACAAAUUGUUGAACAAUAGUUGUAGUUCAACGAUCAUUGAUCAAAAUUCUAGUAAUCUUUGUCAAGAGUUAAGAACGUUAAGUCUGAACGGAUGUAUGGAACAACAACCUGUUAUAACAGCAGAUCAAGGAAAUUUGUAUACCAGUGGAAUGAUAGGAAGCGGAUAUAAUAGUAAUUCUCAUCAAUAUGCUGUGCAUUCUACCAAUGAAAGUUGCUGUAGUAUAACUAAUCCGUCGUCAGUUUGUAAUAAUUUAUUGACGCCAGAUGAAAUAAAUUAUAGCAAACAGUCUUCUAGUUGGCCAGAAACUUUAAUGACUCCAGUUAAUACGCAAGAUAUGUUAACAAAUUAUCAACGGAUUAGAUCGUCUAUAGAUUCGGAUUUAAAUUUUAAUGAUGCUUUAAAUUUAGCUUCAGAAUCAUCAAAUUUGGCUGUUAUGAAUGAAGCAGUAUACUAUAAUAACUUUAGAUCAAGCGCACCUUUAAAUUUACACGAUAAUAAUCCUACAGUUGCGACUACUCACGAUGUGUACAAUAUGACUGGAAAUAAUCAAACUUAUAGACCAAACUCGUCAAUGAUUAAUCUUAACACGGAUGCUUCUUUUGGAACAACUUCUCCGCUGCAACAUUUCACUUCUAGCGAUAUAACUCUGCAGAAUUGUUUUGGAAAUAAUACGCAACACAAUAAUAUUGCAGAGUACAAAGAUUUAUAUGAACCCAUUAGAUUAAGUACUGGAAAUGUUACUAUGAAUAACGAACAAGUUUGCUUAUUACAUCAACAAACAUCUAAUUAUCAGUUAGAACGAUCUGUGGACCAAAAUCAUAAGCAGCAUCCAAUUGACUGUUUUCCUUGUACUAAUGAAUACGCUGUGCCAUCUAUUAAUGAUUUAGACACAAAUGAGAAUAUUUGCAUUAGUAGUAAUUAUGACCAUAGAACUGAUAAUAAUUUAUUAAAGAUUAUAAAUAAUAAGCCAAAGACUAACGAAACUAAAAUCUACUCCUCUAUCGGUUUUCCAAAAAAUAUAAGUCCGCGAGAUGAGAAUGAGGCAAUAGUUAAAUACGAUUAUCAUAAUUAUCAACACAACAUUAUAAAGAAUGUGGAAAACUUGAAAACAUUGUCGCAAAACUUUACGCCCUAUCAAAAGGAUUUAAAGCAAUCUCAUGCCAAUCCUGCAUACAAAAUGCAAUCAUUUGGUUCAUCUGAUAAAGUGGCUUUUACAUCGAGAAAUCGCUUGACCAAUAAAAUUAAUGAUUCUGCUCUUGGAAGAGAUGUUUUUAAUUAUGUCAUUAAACAACAUCAAAUGCCAAGUGUUCAAAAUAUAUCUAAUAUUCCACCACCUGAUAUAAUGUUUAAUUCAACGCUAAUACCAAACAUGACUACUGGAAGACCUGGAUUAUUUUCUCCAAUGAUGCCAGUUCCCGUUCCACUUCCUAUUCCACCUAUUUAUUCUGUUUUAUAUGGUGGAGGACUCAAUCUUAAAGGCAGUAAUACCAUAGCAAGACGUACAGGUCCCUCAAGUAUAUUACAUCUUAGAUUAGAACAAACAUAUGAACAAUUUAAACAAUUGGAAAAAGAAAGAAAGAAAUGCGAGGCUGGAUUGGCUGCUCAGUUUCCUGGAAAAAGAGUAACCAGCGCUAAUAAUAUACCAAUUCCACGACUACAAGGAAAUCCAUCAAGAGUAGAUCGAUUAAUUAUUGAUUAUCUGCGAGAACAUGCCCGGGUGAUCACGUUAAUAACCAAAAUGGAGUGCUUGCGUGGAAGUUCAAUGAACCAACGUAUACACAAGGCAAUGCAGUAUUGGCUAGAAGCAAUCAAAUUUGUUCAAGACUGUAGAAAGCAGGAGAUCGCUAAUGCUACCAAACGUCAAAAAGAAAAUCCUCAUUGCAUUCUCGUAUACAAUGAUAAUGAUAUAUUAACUCUGGCCAAUAGUGUUCAUGAAUUGACAAAGGCAUCUCGGUAUGCAAGAAGCGGUAUGUACAAUGCAAUGCAAGCCACGUUGUUGUGCGAUUUGGAUUUAGAGAAGAAAAUAAUUGAGACUUCUUCUGAUCCAGUCCUUGUGAUAAAGCGUAUUGAAAAUCAGAAAACUGCUGGUACUAGCAACUUUUCUAAUAAUAAUUAAAGAAGAUUUCAUCCAAAAUUCUCGCUUCUACAUUGGUUGAUAAAAGCUUUUUAUGUAUUUAGCAUUGACAAAGAUUUUUCAAUGGCUUAUAGGAAAUGUUUUUUAAUAAUGUUCUCUUGAAAAAAAAAAAAGAAAAAAAAACUUAGAAUGGCACUAAAUACAAAAGCUACUGGAGAGCUAAUUGUAAGUGUGUUAACUUAAAGGGAGAAAAAUAUUUCCACUUUUAUUAGUUCACGUCUGUGAAAGCUAAGUCUAUUAACUUUUUACAAGUUCUUUGUAACUCCAUAGUUUUUUAAUGUGUAUUCAAAAUACUUAAUAUCUUAUAAUAUAAAGAGUGUUUUAUGGGGUAUUUUGAUGUGCACAAUUAAUUGUCCGAGUGUACAUCACAUAAUUGUACGUAAACUUUGCUUACACUUGAUGGUACUAUAGAAAGUAAAAAUGACUAAAAUGGCGAUUAUUUCUUUAUCAGUCAUUGUCAAAAUCAUGUAUUUCUUUUCUAAAUUCAUGCAAGUUUUUUUUUUUUUUUAAUCGAUAGAAACAAAAUUCUUCCUAUGCAAGCAUCUCAAACGAUUAAUAAUUGACUGUUAUUCAGUUGCGUCAUAGGAUAAACGAUCUAGGCUACAUUUUAUCAAUAUUGAUUUAGAUAAAUAGGAAAUAAUAUUUUAGACUAGUUCAAUGUGGCCUUCCUUAAAUAUAUGACCCAGAUGUGUAUCAAGUAGACAAUUCCUUCGAAACUUUAGGUGAUAUUAUAAUAUAUUCUCCAAUACUUUAAAAGAUUAAAUAUUUGUAAAGGUGCAAUCAGAUUUAUUUCGAUAUAAUAUGCAACGUUUAUGUUGUCUUUCAAAUAUAAUUCAAAUGCUAACUAUUGUACUAUGUGCAUUACUCGUGUAGUACAUAGGUAUACUUAAGGACACGUUGGUUGCAUAUAAGAUUAAUGCGCAAAUUAGGUACAGAAUAUUCACUGAUGAACGCACAAUCACAUGACAUUUAUGUACACGUGCUAAACUUUUUCAUAUAUCGUCCAUUUACACAUAUCUGUGUGCAUAGAUGUAACAUAAUCUUGUGAGUGUGCAUAAUAACAACGACAUGAUAUUUCUGGCAAACAGAGAUGUCUCCUUUAGUAAAUUAGUUAUAUAGUAAUGAUAGUACAUUGAAGAGUAAAAUAUACAAUAGCGACACAUUGUGUUGGCUUCUUUGAUGCGAGUCGUUGGGUCUGUGUGAUCUUACUAAACUGCCUCGAGCAUCUUCUAAUCGGUGUUAAGGGAAUAUUUGAAUAAUUUCAUUCAAACAUUGUACUUGGUAAAUGCUAUGAACAAAAUAUUUAAAUGACCUAACCACUGCUGCCUGAUAUAGUAUAAUGCAUAUUACAUAUAUUAACAAAAUAGAGUUUGCGAAUUAAUAACGACAAUUUUAGAUAUAUUAUUAUUAUUAUUAUUAUUUAAUAGAUAAUAGAUGUAAUUGAGUUACUUGCAAAACAUUACACAUUUCUAUCGAUGUGUAUGCUUUGUUUUGUUUUUUGAAGGUACUUAGUACAAGGAUUUUUAGAUAUAAAGUACAUUUUUGUCUUCUUUUAAGAGCACAUUUUUGGAAAGAUAUUAUAUAUAUAUAUACGUAGCUUAGAAAUGUUUAAAUAUAUCCUCUUGGAGGAUUAUUUAGCGCGGGAUAUUAACACGUCUUGAAAAAUAAUGAAUAUGUAUUUGUAAUUCAGGAAUUUUCUGCAUUUACUCCAUUUUUAAGAAUAAGAGAAUAAUGAAUUCCUUAGAUCUUCUAGAAUAUUAGGAUGUUAUAGAACGGUUGUUUCUUUUUAUUUUCUUUUUCAAAGCUAUAGAAGAUACAGUUCGUGUGUAUCUUCUUUCUACUAAUAUCACAUCCGCCCACUUUUUAAAUGCAGAUUCACUCAGAUAUGACGUUGUAAAUGCGGAAGCCUACACAUGCUUUAAAUUAUUAUUAUCUGUGUCGCUACUGUAUAUCAUUUUACAUCAUGACUUUAGGAAAGUAUAAAUUUAGUUGAUAUACAUAUAUUAUUAUAAUGCUUAACGAAAGCAGUUGUUUUUUCACGUUAUAUUUUAUUAUUAGUUUUAACCUCAUGUUAAGCGAAACCUAUAGUUUCCAAGACUUAAUAUAUAUCUCUGUUAGCAAACUUGCUACGCUUAAUUAUGGUUGACUUUAACCAGGGAUGUGAGGUCAAUAGGAUUUCACUGCCCAAACAUAUAUUUAUGCACAAAUGAAAUGAAUUAUAUAAUGAACAAAAAAAGUGAUGUUUUUCCGUUACGUCGAUAAAAUUAUUAUUGACAUUUAUUUGAUUUUCGAUUUCCUAUGGCCUCAUAAUUCUAGCUAAUCAUACAAACGGCAAUGCUAUUUUUGUACAACUAUGUUUAACAAUUUUAUGAAUAUCUCUAAAUGUUGGGGCCAAUCAGAUUGUAUUUCUGUAAAUGCUAAUUACCACAUCCCCAGUUAAGGUUUAAUCUGUAUAAGAAAAUACUUAUCAUUCGGGAGCAUGCAUUAUUUGUGUAUUUGUAUAUAAUUGCAAGAAUUUCUAAAAGCAAUUGAAACAACAAGAAAAUGUUGAUAGAUAUAUGUCUUCGGUAGCAGCGUGUAUAGUAUGAUUGAGUGGUCGUUUCAAAUAUUGAAAGUUGUGUUUUACUUUUUCAAAUAUAUAUCUAAUCAGGGAAUUUCUUUUAUUAUUAAUUUAUAUUAUUGUGAUCGUAAUAUGAUUUUAUAUGUGAAUAUUCUUAUUAUUAUUAUUAUCAUUAUUGGUUGUUCAACCCUUUUGUUCAAAAAGUUAUUUGUAAACUUGUCAAUUGACAUUAAUGCAUAAUACCAAAAGGUUGCAAUAUACUAUAUAACACUUAGACUGUGUGUUACGUUAGUUUAUACAAUUGUUCAUUUUCUAUUGUCCAUUGUGUAAUAUUACUUAACAACUUGCCACGAAGAAAGUCUUCUUUUUCAAUAUAAUCAGGGACAUGAGUUGAACAUCCAGUAUAUUUAACGCACGUGAUAAUGUUCAAAUAAUUUAUGAACUCUCUUUGUUGAUUUGAAAAUAAUUAGAAAAUAAUCAAUAUUAAAUUAAAUAUUAAGUCUAAUAUAAAUCGUAAGAUAGGCAGGCGACACACUGCGCACUUACAAACCAUGUGCGAAUUAUUACAUUUUUGUUUUUUUUUUACUUAAUUAUUUAUGAUUAGCAUGUGUUGUUUGUGUUUCUUCUUCUUCUUUUUUCUUCUUCAGCUUAUCAUAGGGAAAUUGUAAGUUGUAAAAGCGCAAGCUUAUAUAAAUUUGACUGUUUCUAGUAAAUUACUCGUCUCGUUUUAUUAUAUUUGUUUACAUUAUUAUUAUUAUUAUUAUUAUUUAUUUAUUCGAUAUAAAAAUGAAAUAAUAAAACGCGCACGCAUUUCUUCAAAGUAUAUAACGUGCUUAUUAAGAAUCAUAAUGUUGUAUUAUACAUUUGUAUUACGACGAUUGAUUCCAUAUUGUUGUCAUACUCUUUAUACCAAUGAUUGCUUUUCUUAUCAAUUUGAAGACCUAGGUAUUUACUUAUAUUCAUACGUACAAUAUCGAAUGAAAAGAAAGAAAGAAAGAAUAAGAAAUGUUAUAUAAUAUAUAGUAUUUAUCUCUUUCACGUAUAAAUAGGCAUUAAAGUUUAUUGUAUUUAUUAUAAGGGACAAGGAUAUGCACGAAACAAAAUAUGAAUCGGUGAUUAUGAAAAUGGCCUAAAUCGUACAUACAUUUUUAUAUUUGUCCUUUGAAUUAUUUGAUCAUUUUCAUUUUUUAUAUUUAAAGAACCAGAAAAAAAGAAAAUUGUAAUUUGAAGAAUAGCAGCGUGUUCUAUCAAAAUAUGUUCUUUCAAUAUUUUCAUAAUUAUCGGCUUAUGUAUAAGUGUGUUACCCUUUACAUGGGCAUGGCUUUCGUUUCUUCAUCAUUGAAUGAAACAGAAAAAAAGAUGAAAUAAUAAACAAUGUCGCAUAUUCAUUUUUGAUAUGAUAUAUUAUUACGAUCGAUGACGAUAAAGGAUAGUCUCAAAAAAAAAAAAACUUCAUGGAAAAAAAGGUGCCUACGAUAUACGGAAAAUGUCUAAAUGUGCGAUUUUAAAUGAAAUUAAACACACAUUUUAUUCGCAAUUUUCAUUACAGACAACGGAUAAUUAUCUUGAAAUUUUAAAUUGAGAUCAUUGAAUUGACAUUACCUCCUUCUUCUUAUUAUCAUUUUCUCAGCGUGCAUUAGAAUUGUUAGCUAGGGGUGUUUUAGUUAAAAGUUUUCAACGAUCGCUCUUUCUUCUAUAUAAUUGGGGGUGGGUUUUUUUCUUUAAAGGGAAGAAACGCGCAUAUCCUAUGAAAAGAGUAAUGAAAAAAAAAAGAAAAAAAAAAGAAACGUUAAAUAUAAUAUU